AUGUCCAACGUAUUCAACCUGGAGAAGCAAUUGGUCUUUUACAGAUCGUACCAUUACGAGACGCUCAACGUGCUGGUGCACUCGGUCUUCGUGCCAACCAUUCUGUUCACAACAAUAGGCAUCUUGGAGAACGUGCCACUGGCCCCUGUCAACAAGCAAGUGUACAACCUGGGGAACUUUGGGUGCCUUAUCUACGGGGCCUUUUACCUGCUGCUGGAUCUGAGCGGCGGGUUGAUUGCAGCACCUAUCAUGUUCCUGAUCGGGUACGCCAACACGCACCUGAUCCAAUCUGUCGAGAACUACACGUACUGGCUCACAGUCCUGUUCGUCGUGUCUUGGAUCGCACAGUUCAUCUCGCACGCGGUGUUCGAGAAGAGGGCCCCGGCCCUCCUCGACAACCUCGUCCAGGCCCUCGUGCUGGCCCCCUUCUUCGUCCUCUACGAGGGCCUGUUCCAGCUCGGCUACAGAACAGACCUCAAGCAAAGAGUCGACGCCACUGCGCUGAAGAACAUCCAAGAAUUCAAGAAGAGAAGCUGA